AGCUCGGAGCGUUCAUUGUUGCCUGCAAACAAACAGCAUAACUGUCCGCGGACUCAGGUGAAGAUACAAACUGUUAUGAAAAUGAGGAUCAGCAGUUGUGGCGUGCUCCUUCUCCUAUCCUGCUGUCUGCUCGGUGUUCACUCUCAAGCAGAUCCGCAGCAGCAGCAGCAGCAGCAACCUGUCAUAGAGAGUGGAGCUACCAUAGACGGCCAUGGUCACGGUCGCCUUGACAAGAACAUGAUCCAGGACAAAGACCACAUCAUGGAGCAUUUGGAGGGAGUGAUUGACACACCGGAGAAAGAAAUGUCGCCACAGGAACUUCAGCUGCACUAUUUCAAAAUGCACGAUUAUGAUGGUAACAACCUGCUGGACGGGCUGGAGUUAGCCACGGCCAUCACACAUGUACACAGAGAGGAGAGAGGAGAGAACAGCCAGCCAAUGAGAGAAGAAGAUCUUAUCAAUCUCAUCGAUGAUGUUCUGAAAGACGACGACAAAAACAACGACGGUUACAUAGACUACGCAGAAUUCGCCAAAUCACUGGAGUAGAGUGUCACCGCCUCUGACCUCCAGUUUCUUCAUGAUCCAACAAAAAAAACACACAGACAGGAACCUGCAGAGAAUGUCAGCGAGCGCACAUGGUGUCAAAGUGAUACCACAAUCAGUCCCUUUUCUCAGACAGGGUUGUAGGUCAUACAUGUAGUUUCAUUUUUUUCCAGGAUGGUAGCUGUGAAACUGGUUCUGCCAGUAAUUUAAAUAAAAACAACAAAAGGAUGAUGACUAAUUAUCCUUUUUUUUUUAUCCAUUUUUAUUUUAAAGGGUCAGUUCAUCCAAAUUACUGACAAUCACUCUGACAAACUCUUUAGUAGCUCUCUAGUAGCAUCUAACCUUUGCUAUACAGUAUACAUUCAGUUCUAUUCUGCUGUGGAAACUUUUGUCAUUUGCAUGAACUGACCCUUUUUUUUUUUUUCAAAGCAGGAUUACUAUACUGUGUGUUCUGCUUGGAGUGGUGCCACACUUCAUCAUCACUUUAAAUGGACUACUAUUUCCAUUCCAAACCCUGAACAGCAUACAUACUUUAACAUUAUCUAGCACACCAAAUGUGGACCAAAUGAUUCCUUCUGUGAAUCCAUUUUGUUUUGAGACAAAGCGCUUGUCCUCAUCACAUGACCUCAGAAAGUGGCCUUGAUUUGCUCAGAUGUACAAUAUAUAGUCUAAGUUUGUAGUGUUUGUAGAGAGUAGAGAACUUCGAAGUUAAGGAAGGAAGCAAGCAGAAGCGCACAGUACUGAAAGCUGCCAGCAGAGGCUCCGCGCAGCACUGUAGAGCGGCACAUACUGCCUCUUCUACACAUGCUGUCGUCUUAAUGAAGAUGGUCAAACCCACAUGAGCCAAUCACAGUUCUCGCUGCUGUCGUCGGGCAGCCUCUGUCGUCACAGAGUGAAUGUAAAGCGGCCCCGUACUCUGCGACGCUGACUCUUUAUCACUGGAUAAGCUAGACUUGAAGCACACUGGUUGAUGCCGCAGUUUUUAUUUAAAAACAAAAACAAAGGUGACUUCCUGUACUGCACUUACACUUAUUAACAAACGCUUCAGAUAUUAGCUGCCUUUAAAAACAACAGAUCUGGAUGAGAAAUGUCAGGUCUAUGUGCAUCAAAGUUUGUUGAAUCCAUCUGUGAUUUCUUGUAAUGUACGAUUUUUUAUGGAUGAAUUCUAUAUAUUUUUUUGCCAUCCAGUAUUGAUUCUUCAAUCAAUUCAGGUUGUUGAAUGGAAAUAUUUAAAAAAGAAAAACUGAAUAGCAUAACAGAUGCAACUGUGUUGUUUCUGGAAUGUGAAAUAUUAAAAUCUGUAAUCUACA